AUGCAACAGCAAAAUAAAUCCAAGCCCAUUAUCAACACUCCAGGAAGUGUCACCAGCCGCCACAGCUUGUGCAGCUUUCGACCGAUUUCCCCUGAAGAGGCUCUCGAGGAAAAAUCCAUACUUAAGUCCAUUACUUGGCCGAAAUCUCCAUCUCUGGGACCUUAUUAUACUCUGAGAAGUACCAGUCACCCAGCCUGUAGCAAUUUCACCAUUCUCCCAAGAAGAGGAGGAGGAAGCUGGCGCAUCGGGGAUCAGCUCGAAGUCUUGAUCCAAAUACGCGACUACCACUGCCGCCCCAAGAAGUAUGGCGGGGACGUCUUACUGGCUCGUCUUCACAGUCCUGCUCGUGAGGCCGGUGUGGCAGGAAGAGUGGUGGAUCACCUCAAUGGAACCUACUCUGCCGUCUUCCCCCUACUCUGGAGAGGAACUGCAAAGGUUGAGGUGACGCUGGUUCACUCCAGUGAGGCAGUCAAAGUGCUGAGCAGGCUGACCAGCGAACACCCCGAUCGGAUAUUCUUCAAGAGCCUCUUCCGCUCGGGCUCGGAGACUCACUUCGCCGUGUGCAACGUCUGCCUGCGGCCGAGCCGCGCUCCGCUGUGCAACUACACCGACGUCCGCACGGGCGAGCCCUGGUUCUGCUACAAGCCGAAGAAUGUCAGCUGUGACGCCAGGAUCAAUCACUCCAAGGGAGGAUUCGAACAGAAACUCAGGCUUAACGAAGAGAAUCUCUUCGUAAGUGACGUCAACAUGAAGGUCCCCAUUCUGACGACAGCGUCAUCUCGUGUGUUCACAAAGCCCGACAUGCUCGGUAAACGUAUUUCCGUGAUGAGCAGCAGCAGAUGGAGACCUUCUGGUUUUUACUACCACGGUGUGUGGAGAUCACUCGGUGGAGCUGCGGUUCAGCAGUUCACCCCCGAGCAGAUGACUCGGUGUCUUCAAGGCAAGAAGGUCCUCAUGUAUGGAGACUCCACCAUCCGGCAGUGGUUCGAGUACCUGAAUCAAACGUUGCCAGCUAUCAGGCAGUUUGACCUUCACACCUCGAAGCAGACCGGACCCCUGAUGGCCAUGGACUACACCAACAACAUCAUGGUGACGUUCCGCUGCCACGGCCCCCCGAUUCGUUUUGGCCUAGUCCCGAUCGGUGAGCUGCGUUACAUAGCCAACGAGCUGGAUAGUGUUAUCGGAGGCAGCGACACCGUCAUAGUUCUUGGCAUAUGGUCGCACUUCAGCACUUUUCCCAUGGAGGUCUACAUCCGACGGUUGAUGAGCAUCCGCAGGGCGGUCGUACAGCUGCUGGCCAGAGCUCCGGAGACUGUGGUCAUCGUACAAACUGCAAACCUCAAAACUUUGACGCUCUACGAGACGCUGACCAACAGCGACUGGUACUCAAUGCAGCGUGACAAGGCGCUCCGAGCCGUGUUCAAAGGUACCGGCGUUCAUCUAGUGGACGCCUGGGAGAUGACGCUCGCUCACCACCUGCCACACAACCUCCACCCAGAUCGUCCCAUCAUUAAAAACAUGAUCAACGUGCUUUUAUCAUAUGUCUGUCCAGCAAUCCAUCCGUCCAUCAAUUUUUAACCACUUUUCCAAGACCGGGUCGCAGGGGAAGCAGCCUAAG